AUGGAUAAUUGGGAUGAGAAAAAACUGGAAGAAGUUGUAAACAAGAAGCACGGUGAGGCGGAAAAGAAAAAACCAAAAACUCAAAUAGUGUGCAAACAUUUCCUUGAAGCUAUUGAAAACAACAAAUAUGGCUGGUUUUGGGUAUGUCCUGGAGGGGGUGAUAUUUGCAUGUAUCGCCAUGUACUUCCUCCUGGAUUUGUCUUGAAAAAAGAUAAAAAGAAAGAAGAGAAAGAGGAUGAAAUUUCAUUAGAAGAUCUAAUUGAAAGAGAGCGUUCUGCCCUAGGUCCAAAUGUUACCAAAAUCACUCUAGAAUCUUUUCUUGCAUGGAAGAAAAGAAAAAGACAAGAAAAGAUUGAUAAACUUGAGCAAGAUAUAGAAAGAAGGAAAGCAGACUUCAAAGCUGGGAAAGCACUAGUGAUCAGUGGUCAUGAGGUGUUUGAAUUUCAUCCUGAACUGGUUGACGAUGAUGAUGAGGAAGCUGAUGAUACCCGUUACACCCAGGGAACAGGUGGUGAUGAGGCUGAUGAUUCAGUGAGCGUAAAUGACAUAGAUGUAAGCCUGUACAUCCCAAGAGAUGUAGAGGAGACAGGUAUUACUGCAGCCAGUCUUGAAAGAUUCAGCACAUAUACUUCAGAAAAGGAUGAAAACAAACUAAGUGAAGCUUCCAGAGGUAGGGCUGGAAAUGGUGAAAGAAGUGAUUUGCAAGAGGACAACGAAGGGCAAGGACAGGAAAACGGAGCCAUCAAUGCUAUUCCUGUGGAUGAAAAUCUGUUUACUGGGGAAGAUUUGGAUGAACUAGAAGAAGAAUUAAACACACCUGAUUUAGAAGAAUGA